AUGAAACCAAUAGAAAAUAUUCAAUCGAAAUACAAAUAUUAUAAUUCCCAAGCUGACAAAGAUUUAUCAAAUUAUUCAUUAAUGGUUAUGUCAGAACGCUAUACUGGAAUUCCAAAAACUUAUAUUGCUGCUAGCUUUGCUGUUACCUUCUUUUUUUUGAUCUUUUUCAAUAUCGGUGGAGAAAUUUUCUCUAAUCUUAUUGGAUGGGUUUAUCCAGGAAUUGAUUCAAAUAUUAUCAAGUUUAGACAUAUAGCUCUGAUUUCAAAAUGGAUAGAACGCAAAGAAAAUUAUGUUGAAAAUGGCUGGAUGGUUUCCAGUUCACCUUGGCCAGUAGUACCUAAUCGACCAAGACAUAAUUCAACAUUUGGAAGUUUUGGACGUUCAUCAUCAUAUGAUUCAAGACCAUAUCAGAGCACAGUUGACAGUUUUAUAUUUUCUUUGGGUGAUGGACAAAAUAUAGCAAAUUCAAAGUUAAGUAGAGUCUUGCAGGAUAAUAUACAAUUUGCUGUGUGUUCUUCUCAGAGACUUGGUCCAUGUUUUGGACAAACAGAUUUGAGAAUGAAUGAUGGUUUUGACUUGCCAGCAAAAUGCACAUGUCAAUGUUAUGAUUAUGAUAAAGAAAUUUGUGAAACACAAAGUUUUUCAGUCGAAGAAUUUGAAGUUUUCCGAGUUGUAAAUAAAGAUGAUCCAGCAUUAAAUGCUCCAUCACCUGCUCAACAAAUACAAGUGCCUCGAGAAGUUCCAAAUUAUCCAACUGCUUGGGGUGAAUUUAUACAUUUUUAA